AAAAAAUUAAAAAAACAAGAAAAACAUAGACUCUAGAUAUCUAGAUUAGAUCUAAUACUAAACUGACUAAAGGCAAAGGUAGAAAAGUCUACAUUCUUUGUAGACUCUAUAUAGAUCUAGAUCUACUUAAUAUAGAACUUAAUUUAGAUAUACAUUAGAGUUUAGAGUCUAAAUCUAUAUUAGACUAGAUCGGUUCACUAGAUCUAGAUUCUAGAUAUCUGAGUAUUUUGAAUAUCUACAGAUUCUUUCCUGGGAGUAGAGGCAGUGUGUACAUUCUUUACCGCUCAAGUCCUCGCAAUGGAGCAAGCCAUCCAGCUGACCCCCAGAGACAAGUGGAAACACAGGGGCACGUGAGGGCCCCCAAAUUUCAGGUGCUGUGGCAAGGCAUGUACCUGAUGGCCGCUUUAUCCACCUACGAAAACGGCAGCAAGAAACACGGUUGUGCACACGGGGUUCAGGAGUGCAGAAGGGGCCACCUUAGUAACGUGGUCACCAAUCUUGGUAGCUGUGGUGCAAUGUCCGAUUUCGAACUGCUGGAGAUAGACGAAAAUGAUAACAGCUUCCCAUGGGGGCUAAUCCACCACAAUGAGCUGGCACACAUGUUAAACAACGGUCUAGGCAAGACAAUGGUGAUAGACAGCCGUUCUUUUUUAGAAUUCAACACUAGCAACAUCCACCAGUCUAUCAAUGUCUGUUGUUCAAAACUUGUCAAAAGAAGACUUCAGCAAGAUAAAGUUCAUGUAAUGGACCUAUUGAACCAGGCGUGCAAUGUUGAUGUUGACUCUUCUUGGGAUGUUAUUGUGUAUGAUCAGUGCACAGAAGAUCCCUCUCAACUGACCUCUGAUAACUUUGUUCAAGUCUUGCUGAACAAGUUAAGCACAACAUUCAACAGUGUAGCCUUUCUGAAGGGUGGUUUCUUAGCAUUCCAGGCUUCCCAUCCUGGACUGACAGAGAAUAAAUCUGGAUCUCAUCGCUGCUCAACAUUGACCUCUCUUUCACAGCCCUGCAUGCCAGUCAGCAAUAUUGGCCCAACUCGUAUAUUGCCUUUCCUAUAUCUUGGUAGCCAGCAGGAUUCCCUAAAUCAAGAAGUGUCACAGGUGAAUGGAAUUACCUAUAUAUUAAAUGUGAGUAAAACUUGUCCCCGUCCACCAUACAUCUUGGAGAGUCACUUCCACCGUAUUCCAGUCAAUGAUAACUACUGUGAAAAGCUACUGCCCUACUUUGUUGAAGCCUUCCAGUUCUUGGACAAAGUUAGAGAGGCCAAUGGCUGUGUUCUUGUUCAUUGUUUAGGAGGAGUUUCCCGCUCAGCAACCCUUGCAAUCGCUUAUAUUAUGAAAUAUAUGAAAAUGUCAUCUGACGAAGCCUACAGAUAUGUAAAGGAUAAACGGCCAACCAUCUCACCAAAUUUCAACUUUCUUGGGCAACUAUUAGAAUAUGAAAAGAUCAUCAGGAAAGAAGAACAGCUGGAAGAAGCUCGCAGAGAGGCUAUCAAAGCCACUACUUUUGAUGACAGUAUAUCCUGUGAAACAGAACGAGCCAGUCCAGGGUCCAUGGACCUUCAUACUACCAGUCCUUCUUCUCCAGGACCGCGUACUCUACGCCAGACAGUUAGCUCCUCUAUGCUAUUCAAACUAAAUUUAACUCAGGAAACUGAACUGUUCUCAGACACUACAUCCCAGAUACUUGCAUGGCACCGCAGACCUCAAGGCCUGGCUACCAGAAACAUAGUGCAGUCACCUGUAAAGGAAGUGAGCAGAUUUUCUUUAGUUGGUUGUAAAUCUGACACAGAUGCUGCAUGUUUUAAUGUGACCAGUCACCAACAAACAUCAGUGGAUAUAAUGACUAACAUCUGUGAUAGAAAAAUUGGGUCAGAAGAUUUGCUGUUUGCCCAAUCUUCAGUCUGUCCCAUCACUGGCUUUCCUAGCCCUGGUGAGGGGGUCAAUCAUGACUUACCCAAACCAACUUGUACCAUAACAGGUUUUCCAGGACCUGAACAGUAUGGCAGCAAUCAACUUGAUGUAACAGACUUUGAUACAAAGACAUUGUUUUUAGACAACCCUGCAUAUCACUCUAAUGUAAGCAGCAGCACUACAACUUUAAAAACCAGUGACACCAUUGUCACUAAUCCCACAACUCAAAAGACUCAGAAAAUGGAGCAGCAACCUAAAAUAAAACAGGGAUUAAGUUUUUCGUCCAUUUUCUCAAACUUUCGCUGGAAAUCAAGACCGCCCACACUUCCGUUAGGCUCCCCUGUGGGUGCAGUUAAAGACACUGGGCAUUCUGUUAAAAAGCAGGGAGGAGAUUUAAGUGGUGGAGGUGAUUCCAGAGUGCAGUUGACCCCAGUGUCUGAGGCAAUUGAGAACUGUGACAUCAUUUUAACAGAUGAAAUGACCAGUAAUGUGUCCAUUGACCAUAAGGAGAAUAAAAAGAUGGAUAAUGACAUUUAUGUACAAACAUACAAUAAAUCAGGCAGCAGUCAUGCAACUACUUCUAUAAUGGCAUCUAAAGUAAUCAAUUCAUGUUUAACUCCGGGUUCAUCCGAGACCACUAUUUCAUCUAUCAACAAAUCAACAUCCCUUAAACUAAGUGCUAAACAGUUUACUCUAGCUCUUAGCUCUCCCACUUCAGAAUUUCCUGUUUGUUUCUCAUCCUCAAGUCACAAGCCUCUCUCCCCAGGUGAUAACAAGAGGAAAAGUGGAUUGACCAAAUCUGACUUUGACAGUCCUGACAAACUGGCCAAGACAGAAGACUUUCACCAACAUACUCUAUCACCUCCAAAAACUUUGAACAUAUCCCAGGGUUCUUCUGACAAGUUACGACAGAGAACUUCAGCUAGGAGGUCCUUUGUAUUACAGCUAUCAUCUCCAACCACAGCUAUGUCAAGGCUUAACUUCAGUUCUCCUUCAGAGAAAACAGAAGAAUCAUUAUGGGCAGCAAGAGAUGAAAGUUCAUUGCUUCAAACUGAUUCCUUGGUACCAAUGGAAAUAGAUAAAUCAAUUAGUGCAUCUUUAUUUACAUCAAACAUUUAUUUUACAGAUGGUGAACUAGGCAGAUGUUCAGCUUCACAAUCUACUUUCACUAAGUCUGAUACUGGUAAAAAAUCAACCCAAUCCAUUGAACCUAACUUUGCUGUUUUUCCAUCUUCAUCACAAUCAUCAUUGUCAACUACAUCUCAUUCAACAGUAGAUUUACCAUCCAUUGUACAGGAAAGUACAACUGCACCAGUAAAUGAUUUAGCAAUUGCAGCAUCUGCAGCUUUAGACAGUUUUCAGGAGCUCCCCACUACAUCUCUGGAUAAAUUAAGCUUCACACCAUGUUUUACCAAAGACAUUGUUAAUGAAUUUAAGGCACGGAAUGCUAAUCUGGCCGCCAGGGAGGAUCACAAUGAGCCAAGAUCUUCAGUGCUAGACUCACCAAUGUCAAUCAGUAGUGGCAGCUCUGCACCAAGUCUAGCAAGUUCCACAAUUUCACCAAUUGAAUCCAAUAUGGUAAAUCCAUUUUCUGACAGUGAACAGAAAUUAUAUGAUGAAACUACCCCAUUAAUUCAUUCAGAACCCCAUACUUUAGGGCAUGCAGUCUCAACUAGUCUAAAGCAGCCUGUUGUGUCCCCAAGUGCAGAUUUCAAUUUGUCUCCAUCCUCUAUGCCCCAGGCAACAAUGUCACCAAUACUACCAAGCAUGACAUCCCCCAACUUUUACAGCAGCACUUCUUCUCUAGAGCUACUGUCCCCAAUGUCUAUAACAGACAGCACCUCAGACUCUCCAAAAUUACUAUCAAAGAGAAGCAGCCUUUGUUCUCUAGCCCAGUCUUCUGCUAGCUCCCCAAUCCUGUCAUUGCCAUCACCUCUUGUGUCCUCACCAUCUAUUUCUCCAAUGGUAACCUCCCCAACUUCCAGUUCAUUUCAUCUUGCCAGCUGUUCUUCAUCUACUUCUUGGACCAGCAUGACCAAAGUGAUUCGACGUGAUAAAAGUAAACGAGUUAUAGACAGACCAUAUAGCAUUGCUUUCUCAUCUUACCCUGCUUGUGAGUUGGUCCCCAACAGCACCAAAGAUGGCAGCUCUGUUGGUCAGACUAGUCAGGAUGAUGCUAGUGAAGCCUAUAUGUCAGUCAGUAGCAAAAAAUCACGUCUAAGCAAGGCCAGUGACUGUCAAGCAUCCCAAGGUCGCACUUCAUGGAGUGGCUACUCAGAGAGAGAAGUUUACAACAAAUAUAAAGAAAUCACAGCUGCUAUGGAAAAUGCUAUGAUGCGAACUCAAGUAUUUUCCAUGCAUUCAUCACCAAACAGCAGGGGAGAUACAACUCGAGCUACAUCUAGAAAAGCUCGCAGCUUGGAAGACUUUUUAGAAAGUAAUACUUCAGAAAGAGAGGAGACCUUGACCUUUAAAGGUGGUAACCAAAGGUGGAAACAUUAUAGAGAGUCACACUUAGAGCCCUUUUACUGUGGUAUGCACAGCACCAGUGAGCCAUAUCAUUCCAGUUCAAGCCUGUCUUCAAAUGGCAGUCAUGGAUCCAGUCUAGAGAUCAUUCAGCAGCCCCGCUGAAUGGUAAGUUCCUCACAUAUCCUGUCUUCUGUCUCUUCAUUACUCCACUACAAAGGCUGUGGAGUGGGAUUCAGUAUUCUACAAUUUUGUUAGGUCUACAACUCUGGUGUCUUCAGGAUCCACAUUUAUGUAAUGCAUUUAUUCCAGUUUUAACAAAAAGAAAUGCAUGUCAAGGACACCAAGUCUAGAUUAAGAACGAAAACUUGAUUUCAAUGUUCAAUUUGAUCAUUUCUAAUAAUUUACAUCUGUAAGAUUUACCCAGAAAAUUGUUGUCACCAUCUUUAAUGAUUGAUUCUAUGAAAUGUUGAAUGUUAGAUGUUAUUUAUUAGAGACUGGGUUGAGUCUAGGUUUCCGCCAUAUGGCUGAGAUAAUUGAAGGAAUCUGCAUAGGUUUAUUUUCUGGUUAAUUCAGCCAUAAGUACAUUCGUAAAUUGUAAUAGAACACAUAAACUUUUUUAUUUCUAGUUAAUAUAAUGUGUCAAUGUUCCUUGGAUUUGUUUAGAAGUCAUCAACAGUUAACAUUAACAUUAACUGGUAAUGUGAAAAAGAGUCUAAUGUAGUCACAAUGUAGGCUUAGGUUAUCCUUACCUUUAGUAUAUAAUUUAGUUUCUUUAAAAUUACUUCAAGAUGUUAAUGCGUAUUAAAUAAAAAACUUACCAAUGGUGAGGUGUUUUUUAAAGUUAGUUGAACUACUACCUUAGGAUAAAAGUAUUAGAAAAAAAAGUAAAUGGAUUCGGUGUAAAAUAAACGGGAAAAUUCUUUUUCACAUUUUUCACAUUUUGUCACACUGGUUCAGCGGUUCUCAGCCUGUGGGUCCCGUCCCUUUUGGGCGUUGAAUGACUUUUUGCCAGCGGUCGCCUAAAACCAUCGGAAAUAUAGAUUUUCUUCGUCUUCUAACGUUUAAAAAUUGACAUUGUACAAUUUGUUUCCAAUGGUAAUUAAUAUUUUCUUUUACUAUAAUUGUCCAUUGAGGAUAGAUGCUGCAGACACUUCAUCAGAAUGAUUUCAAACUGUUUUAACAUCUAUGGAAUGAGUUGCGCCCAACACUGUUUUGUUGGCGCCCAACAUUGUUUUGCUAUUUCAAAAGUGAGAUCGUUUUCAGAGGCAAAGUUGUAAAACUUGUUUUUGAUCUCUGUGAUGAACUACAACGGUUUUGAACCAGAAAGUAAAAUGUCCUAACACGUCAUAGAGAUGAAAGGGAACUAACUGAUGAAUCUCUUUGAGUUCUUGAAUAAACUCGUUGUAUCUUUAGUUAAAAGUAAAAAUCGUAUUUAUUUGUAAUUUAAUUCAUUCUUAGAAAUAUAUUUUACACAAAAUAUAAAUGCAUAUUGUUUCGUGAUUGAACACAAAGCUUUAUUUAUGAUAGGUUAUAGCUUAACAAUUAAAAUGCAUCAUGCAUAGUAAAUACUUAUUUCCAUUCUCAUUUCGAUUUUAUAACAUUUGCAAAAUUACAAUUACUUAGUCCUGGCAACAAAAAUAAUUAAAGGUUGGGGGUCGCGGAAUAGUGGGGAAUAGUAUUAAAAGGGUUGUAGAAAUAUAAAGGUUGAGAACAGCUGGAUUAGUGUAAUCUUACCAUUGCUUUAUGUCAAGAGAAGUCAGUUGAGUUGCAUGAGACUGGAACGAAUUGACGUCAAUUGAAACAAUGUUUCUAUGGCAAUUUUAAAACUAGGAUUACUUAACAUUGGGACAUCUCUGGGUGUUGUUUGAACUGUGAACCGCAACAAAGUUCUGACCUAAAACUUAGAGAUAUAGAUGAAGACUCAGUUUAGUUCCAUGUGCAUUAAUUUGAUCAAAGUACUUAGUAACUGAAAUAACUUUUGUAGUGUUCUAUGUAUUAUGACUGAAAAAUUACGAAUAAUAGAAUUUCAAUUAUCAGCAAUGUCCAAAUCAAUAUCCGUUUUGAACCAAAGCUAAGCAAGAUAACUAACACUAUUUCGAUUUAUCCUACAUUUCGACUUAUCCUCAACUUUAAUAUCUUUUAUAUCCUUUUUAUAUGACCAUCUUUAUUUUAACAGCGUUUGUUAUUCGUAAUCUCUUGUGAGAUUUAGUUAUACAACAACUAAUAAUUAGUUGGCAAUCUUCAUCUGGUGUACAUGUUAGUCAUUAUAAGUCUGUUGUCAUGGAAACAUAGUUGUUGUUUCUCCUAAUAUUCGGAGAAAAAAAAAAGUUGUAUUAUUACCAAAGAUAAACUUUACACCAACAGCAUGGACAGAUUGUUAAGCUGUGGCUUUGUUAUGUUUGUAAGAGAAACUUGUUGGGCUAAA